AUGCCUAGCGUUCAAGCCCUCAUCUUCGAUUUCGGAAAUGUUCUGUGCAGAUGGACACCGCCCAAAAGCUCUUCAAUUGAUCCCACGAAGCUGAAACAAAUAAUGACCUCGGAUAUCUGGUAUGACUAUGAACGAGGUCGAUAUGCGUCAGAAGAUGAGUGCUACAAGGUACUUGAAGAACGCUUCGCCAUCCAAUCCGAGGAUUUGUCUGCGACAAUGGCAGAGGCUCGUCAGAGUUUGCGGUUGGAGACUGCAACUCUGGAAUUCCUCACAGCCCUUCGGGAGCAGCACUCGUCCCUGAAGCUCUAUGGCUUGAGCAACACACCACACCCAGAGGAAGAUGCGGUACAAUCAAUUGGGAGGCAGUGGCCUAUCUUCGAUCAUAUAUAUAUUUCUGGAAGUUUGGGGAUGAGGAAGCCAGACAUCUGCUGUUAUGAACAUGUGUUGAAAGAGAUCGGGCUCUCCGCGGAAGAGGUCCUCUUUGUCGAUGACUCGGCAGAGAAUGUGCUUGCCGCACAGUCUAUCGGUAUUAACAGUAUAUUGUUCCAGAAUCACGAGCAGAUUUCCAGUCAGAUUAAGGACGCGUUAAACAAUUAG